UUCGUAAAAGUCGUUUCUCCUUCCUUUCUCUCUCUCUCUCUCUCUCUCUCUCUCUCUCUCUCUCUCUCUUUUCUCGUAAAGCUUCACUGCUUCACGCAAUGACUCUAUCCUUCAAAUUCAAUCCUCCUCAUCCUUCGCUGCUCAUAUCUUCCCGCUUCAUCCUCGUUCCCAUACCAGACGCUACAGUUCUCCGGCGCCGGCGUAAUUUUCAAAAUCCACUCCGGUAGAUUACGCUUAGAUUUAUCGCCGAACCCUUGGAAUUUGGGGGAAUCUGGUCUGCGUCGGUGAAGGAUCGAUGGAGAAAUCUAGUAAAUGUGCUGUUUGCCACAAUUCGUUUCGUGCAUCCAUCUGCGUAGCUUGUGUUAAUCGCAGCUUAAAGGAAUACAAAGUUACGUUGGACUCGUUGAAGAGCCGUCAGGAGGUUUCAUAUUUGAGACUAAGUGGCUUGCUUGUCGCAAAGGAGAAAGCAAUCAGUCAACAUUGUUGGAUUGAUCUUCAGAAUGAGAAGCUUGCUAGGUUGCGGGAGAAGCUCCAACUUCAAGUGGAGAAAUUGCAGCAAAGCAAACACACAUUUCGGAGUCUAUCUCUCAAUCUGAAAGAGAGAUAUGGCAUUAUCGAAUCAACUAACGUUGCUUUGGAGAAGACCCGUGUUCGUCAAUUGGAGAACCACUAUUCGGAUACUAUUGGCAAUCACUACUUGGUAUAUAUCGACCUUACUUCAGAACGCCUCUAUAAACAGGCUUUGGUUAUGAGACAGAUAUGCAAAUUAUUCCCAUUAUCCAAGGUGAAACUAGAGGGGCAGAACAAAGAUGGGUGUAGUGGACAGUAUGAUCAAAUCUGCAAUGCUCUCUUACCACAAGGUCUCAACCCACUCUCUGUUCCGCCAAAAGAGCUCGCAGCCUCUUUAGGGUACAUGGUUCAGCUUCUGAAUCUUGUUGUCCAUAAGAUCUCAGCGCCUGCACUCCACAACUUGGGUUUCGGGGGUUCUUGUUCACGAAUAUGGCAACGAGAUUCUUAUUGGAACGCUCAUCCUUCUUCUCCAAGCAAUGAGUAUCCCCUGUUUGUACCAUCCCAUGAUUACUACUCAUUCGAAGGGAAAAGUUCAUGGACGGGUCGAGAUACAACAAAUUUUGGUGUCACUUCAUUGAAAUCAGAUGGAAGUGUAGAAGAUGACUAUCAUGACCUUGAACUUGACGUUGUUAGUCUUUCUUCUGCCUCUCCUCAUUCUGUUGAAACACUCAGAAAUCUUCAGAGAGGAAUUGCACAUCUUAAGCAAAGCGUAGCUCACUUAAAUGUGUAUGGAUAUAGUUCCUUGUCUCUCGAAGUUCCUACUGGAGCCUCAACUUUUGAAACAUUUGCAAAGUUGCUUGCCACAUUAUCUUCUCUCAAGGAAGUUCAGUCUGCUCUUUCCCAUGGUUUGUCAAGUUCCAACAAGCAAAGACAGGAGCCGAACAAGUCCGUGUGGAAUUUGAACUCCUCAAGUUCCAGCACCUUGCUGAACAGCUAUCAAACACAGCCAACAUCGUGGAACAAUAGUUAUUAUAAUGUACCAAAUCGAGAUCCAAGCUACAUGGUGGAGUUUUCUGAUGUGAGAAAGGAUAAAAACUCUACUGAUGGUUGGAAUUUGGUUGAGCAUCCUCAUUCUUCACAUCAACUCUAUCAUCCCAACAAGCAGUAUUGAUCAUCAUCUCAAGGUCAACUGCAGUUGUGAGUUGGUGACCUGUCUAAUGGAGUUUGAUUAAUACAACUACAACAAUGAAGGUCAUGUGCAUUUGUGACGUGAGAAUAUCCUCCACCUUGUUUGGGCUUUAAAAGGAAGGGACAACACAAUAUCAAUUACAUAUAUAUAAUAUAUAUAUAAAUAAAACAAAGUUACUUAUUCUUAUUCAGUCAUCCAACAAAAAAAAAAAAAAAUCAGCUCCUUUUUAAUAAUACCACACAAUGGGAACAAAAGCAAUGAUAAGAGAAACCCCAUCACCUUCCUUUGCUUUUGAACUUAUUCAUAAUUGGCAAAAACGAAAAUUUUCAUAUAAACUUUUUUCUUCAUUUUA